AUGGAGUUGUCAACUGAAGACAAUUCACAAACCAAUAAUAAUAAUAAUAAUAAUAGUAAUAAUAGUAAUACAAAUAGUGAACAAAUUAAAGAACCAAAUUGUAAUAGUAAUAAUAGUAAUAAUAAUAAUAGUAAUAAUUUAAAUAAUUCAAUAAUAUCGGACUUAUCAACACCAGGAAAUAAUAUAAUACAAGUUAAAAUGGAUGAAGAAAGUCAAUCAUCACAAUCGAUAUCAGAAUCAUCAACGCCUACAAUCAUAGGAAAUCAAAAGGAUGAAGUAGUAACAUCAUCAAAUAAUUCAUCACCAUUAACUCAAUCACAACAAACCAAUACAUUAUCAGAAUCAACUGAAUUAAAAGUAUCAUCGCAAACAGCAACUAAAGAAACAUCAGACUCUUCACCACCAACAGGUGAGGGUUCAUCAUUAACACCUCAAAAUUCUGUUUCACCAUUAACAGGAUCAAGAGAUAUCGAUUCACAACAUGAUGGUGGUGGUAGUAUUCAUUCAUCAUCACCACCACCACCACUAUCAACAACAUCAAGUGAACCAAGUGAAUCAUCUUUACCACAAACUUUAACUUCAUCAAUUCCAUCAAUUCCAAUACCAAAUAAUACUUCAACAACAACAACAACCACUACCACUACUACUACUAAUACAACUACAACACCAUUAUCAUCAUCAACAACAAUAACAAAACCACCAUCAUUAUCAUCAAGUGUUGAAAAACAAUAUCCACCACCAAUUACAGGUAAUCCAAGAUUAAAUUUAUUAAAUAAUGGUGGUAGUGGUAAUAGAUCAACCAAUGGAUUGGACGUACAUAAAUAUAGAACAUUUAUAGGAUCUAAAUUACAAUCAACCAAUGUAAAAGAUGAUCCUUUAGCAGAGGAAAUGAUCUAUUUACCAAAGGAUGAUCUAUCAUUUUCAAAAGUUGAAGCAUAUCAUCGUAUCAUUUCAACAGCUAUGAGUUUACCACCUGGUAUACCACCCGAAUAUUUCAAUCCUUUUGAAUUUAAUCAACAUGUUAAAACUUCAAUCGAUACCUUUAAUGCACCACGUAAAACUAUAACUAGAAAUUAUGAAAAAUUUAAAAAGGAUCAAGAUCGUUUAAUAAUUAUAAAUAAUUCACCAUCAAUAUCACAACAACAACAACUUCAAAAUGGUUUAAUAUCAGCAAAUACUAGUUUUUAUAUAGGUAGUACAAGUGCUACUAGUAUCAAUGGUGGUAAUAGUAAUAAUAAUAGUUUUUUAGAUUAUUUUAAUAAUAGUAAAGAAAAUAGUAGUGGUUUGAGUAAUACAAAUUUAAAUUCAAAUAGUAUUUUAAAUGAUAAAUAUGAAUGUGAUAUAGUUUAUGAAAAGGAGUUAUUAAAUUCAAAAUUAGCGACAGUACAAUCAUCAACUGGUAGAAACAGUGGUGGAGUUAUAGAUGAGAAAGAUUUACCACCAAGUUGGGCAGAGUCAUCAGAUGAAUUACAUUUUGAAUAUCAACAACCCAUUACAUCCGAUAUAGAGUUGGAGAAUCAGGAACAAAGAAAACGUCAACGUCAUCAUGGUUUCUUUAAAUAUUAUAAACCAGACUAUAAUUGGGGAUCAGGUACAGAGGUAUCACUUUGUAAUAGAACCAUAGUUGAUCCAUGGAAAAAAUCAAAUUCAAUCAGUGUAUUAUUGGAAUUCAAAGGUUUAGUAUUUCUAUUGGGUGAACAUGAACCAUUCUAUUGUCAAAUGUUUUUAUAUGAUUCUGUUAAUAAAUGUAGAUUAAGUGAAUCAUUUCAUUUUGAUUUCAAUCCUGAAAGAUUGAAAUUAUUAGUUGAUAAUGGUAAUAUUAAAUCAAAUUCAAUUACAAAUGAUAAAAAUAAUAGCAAUCCAGAAUCUGAUUCAUCAUCAUCCACAUCUUCAUCAUCAUCAGUGGCAGCAGCAAAUACAAAUCCUUCAACACCAGAUUAUUUAACACAAUGUAGACAUGUUUUAGUAUCAUUACCAGUGAAACAACAAAAGGAUAUUUGGAUAGUUGUUAAAAUUAAUAAAGUUAUGCAAGGUGAUCCAGAUGUAAUCAAAGAACCUUAUACCAAAUUGGAUGAGAAAGAAAUUGGUAAAUCUAAAGUAAAAGUUUCAACAACCAUUCAAGAUAUUGGUAAAAGAUUGGGUAGAUUUCAUCAACCAUUCUCAAUUACUACUUUACCAUUAACAAAUGAAGGUGGUUUUGUUAAACCUGGUACUGUGGAAUGUGAUCUCUAUAAACAAGUUCCAAAGGAUUUAUCUGAUCUUCAAGAUUUAAUCACUGAUAUUAAAGAUCCUUCAAAGAAAAAGAAAUUAAAAACUUUAUUAGGUGCUUUCACUUGUGUAGUUCAUAAAACUGAAGGUGAAUUACCACCAUAUGGUCAACGUUUAGAUCCAUCUUAUAAUUUUAUUAAAUCUUCUGAACCUUAUAAUAAUGCAAAUCAAAUUGAUUCUAAUAAAUCAUAUAAUAAUAAUAAUCAAAAUAAUCAAAAUAAUAAUAAUAAUAGUAAUAGUACAAAUACUUCAUCAGAUAAUGUACCACAACAAUCACCAGCAAUUUUAAUUACACCAGAUUGUACACCACCAUUUAAAUCAAUUAAUCCACAAGUUGCAUUAUCAAUGUCAUCAUUAAAUUCACUUACAACAACAACAACAACACCACCAACAAAUAAUAAUAAUACUACAACAACAACAAAUACAACAACAAAUACAACAAAUGAAAAUAAUCAACAACCAGAUUUAUCACCAACAUUAUCACCAAGAAGACAAUUACAACAUUCAUCAUCAUAUUCAAAUAGUAUUAAACGUGUUAAUACAUUAGCAGCACUUAAUCCAGUUAUACCAGCAAUUAGAGAGAUUCAAUGUUUUUCAAAGUAUCCAGAAUUAAUACCACAUUAUCAACAAUUUAAUAAUCUUUAUAUUUAUCCAGAAACUGUUUGUUUAAAUAAAGCUCAUGGUAGAAAUAUAUCAAUAAAGAUUGAAAUACGAGAAGAUGAUUCAGUAGUUGGUGGUCAAGCAUUGAAAUUAAUUUAUGGUAAAUCAUCAUGUCAAAGAUUCCAAUCGGUAUUUCAUACAGAAACUCAUUAUCAUAAUAAGAAUCCAAUAUUCUUUGAUGAGAUUAAAGCUAAGUUACCACCUAUUUUACCAUCGAAAUUACAUAUACUAUUCACAUUUUAUCAUAUAGUUUGUAAAGUUGGUAAAAGAGAUGAAGUAUCAGAGAAUAUCAUUGGUUUCUCUGCAUUGCCUCUAUAUAGAGAGAAGAAAUUCGUUGAUAAUGGUCCACACUCAUUACCAUUGGCAAUUGGUCCACCUAAAAGUGGUUAUCUUGGUAGAAUGACUGAAGGAGAUUAUGUACUCUUGGAGAAUGGUAAAAGUUUAUUCAAAUUUGAUCUAAAAUUAAAUUCAAGUCUUUUCCCUCAAAACACUCAUUUAAACAAAUUUUUAUUACAAUCAAAAGAUGAAAAAGAAUUAACCAAUUGCUUAAAUCAUUUCCAUUUAUUCGAUCCAUUAGAAUCAAUUAAAUUCUUCCCUGUAAUUAUGAAUCAUUUACUUUAUGUACUUUGUAAUAGAGAGAGUACUGUUGGUUCAACUGCAAUUAAAGCUUUAUUGGUUUUACUCUCAAAAAUUCAAUCAUACCUUGAAGAUUCAAAUAUUCGUGUACCAUUAUUAUCAUCUUAUAUAACUCAUAUUUUUGAUAAUCCACCUGAUACAAAAAUACCUGUUCAUACUGCAUUAUGUACAAGAUUAGUUUUAUUUUUAAUGAGAAAAAGAUCAAAUGAUUUUAGUGAUAUUUCAAAUUCAUCAAUAUUUUCAUUUUCAUGGUUUAUAUUUGAUUUAAUAAUUAAAUCAAUUGGAUUAUAUAAAUUAGAUGGUAAAGUACCAAUAAAGGAUGGAGCAACAUCACCAAGUUUACCAUUUUUCGAAAUUCAUGAUCCAGAAUUUAUAAAGUUUAUACCAAAAUUAGUAUCAUUUGGACUAUCACAUAUUUUAAAUUCAAUUACAACAAAUCAAGAUUGUAGAUUGGCAUCUGAUGCAAAUAAUAAUUUAGCAUUAUUUAUUAGGGAUUUAUUUGGUGUUUUCGAUAGAGGUGUUGUUAUAGAUUUAUUAUUCACUUUUAUAAAUGAUAUUAAUCAAGGUAUUGGAAAGGAUCCACAAAAUGCAACAACUUUUCUUUAUUAUAAAUUCGAUUUUCUAAAGAUCAUUUGUGAUUAUGAACAUUAUAUAAAUCUAAAUAUACCAACACUCUAUUCAAUUAGUAGUAUUCAAAAUUUGUCAACUAAAAUCAAUGAUACUCAUCCAAUUUCGGGUAUUUUGAUUCGUGAGGUUUUGGAAAUCAUUUUCCAUGGUUAUCAUUCAAUUGAAGUUAGGAAUGUGGCUUUUACAACAUUGAGUACCAUUCUAACAAAACAUGACUAUGAUCAACGUUAUCAAACACUUGCAAAGAAAGAAAGAAUUGCUUCAAUUUAUUUCCCUUUAAUUUUAGAAUUAAUUGAUCAUCAAGAUAAAUUCAAUCAUUGGUUUAGUAUUGCAGAUAUCACUGAAAAACGUUUACUCAUUUCCUCUCUAUUAUUUGUAUUAAAGAAUUUAUCAAAACCAUUAUUAAAACAAUGGUUUCAUAAAGAAGUACCACAAAGAUUAAAUAUUUUAUUCGAAUUAUUAGGUCAAUUUGCAAAUGCUUUUGAAUAUCAACAAAUUAAAAAUCAACAACAAAAUCAACAACAACAGCAACAACAAAAUGGUGCUAUUGGUGGUAGUGGUAGUGGUGGUAGUGGUGGUAAUAGUAUUAAUCAUUCUCAAGGUGAUAGUGGUAAUUAUCCUUCACAAUCAAUUGAAUCUGGUACAGGUAUUCAAAAUCAAAAUAAUAAUAGUACUAGUAGUAUUGGUACAAUUUCCUCAUCUGGUAGUUUUAUACCAACUCCACCACCUCCAAUGUCAAUGAUGGCACAUAGUGGUAAGUUAUCAAAAGAUGUUUUCAUGAAAAAGAAUCAAUCUUCACCAUUAAAAGAUUCUUCUUCAAAUUUAUUAAAUAGAUCAGGUUCAAAUUCUUCAUUAUCAAUUAAUACAAGUGGUGGUGGUAGUACUAAUCAACAACAACAACAAAUUUCACCAUCUGCUUCACAAGAAGUUAUACCACCAUCACCACCAUCUACACCACCUGUUCCAUCUACAAAUUUACAACAACAGCAACAGCAACAACAACAACAACAACAAUCAAAUAUUACAACAUCAACAGAUUCAAAUAAUGGUGAUGGUAUUAAUUUAAUUCAAGCAUUUGCACAUGCAACAAUUAAAGAAGCUACAAGUAUUAAUAGUAGUAGUUCAAGCCUUUCAAUACCAAAUGAUCCAGCAGCAGCAGCAGGAGCAGUAAUUGGUAAUCGUAAUAGAACAUCAGUUAAUGGUAGUACAAGUAUGGGAACAAGUGCAGCAAUUUCAGCAGCAGUUGUAGCAGCAGCAGCAGCAUCAGGACCAAAUAGAAAUCGUCAAAUUGGCACAAAUGAAGCUGUAUUAGCAUCUGAAGCAAAUUUAAUUAUAUUAGAUUUCAUAGAGGAUUUAAUUAAAUAUCAAUAUACAUUACUUAAAGAGAAUGAUUCACCAUUAUUUGAAAAGUUAUUCCAAUUAUUUAUAAUUCUAUUAAAGAAACGUCAAUCACAUCGUGUAACAAGUUGUUUAUUUGCAUCAUUACGUUCAUUCGUAUUCAAAUUUAGAAAUCAUUUCUUUAAAGAUCAACAAAACAAUUAUUGUAAUCAAUUAUGUUGUGAAGUAUUACGUUAUUGUAAUUUCCCAUCAAAAGAGAUUAGAGCUGUUGCAACCGGUUUCUUAUAUUCAAUGAUUAAACAUAAUAAUCAAGUGGUUGGUAAUUUUGGUAGAAUGAAAAUUCAAGCCACAAUUGCAUUGAGUAAUCUAGCCAAUAGUGGUGUAUUUAAAAAUGAUUUCAAAAAUUUAGAAAGAUCAUUUUCAACCAUUUCAAAAUAUUCAAUUGAGGAGCGUAUGUUGGAAUCGUCCAAUAAUACAAUCAUUGGUUUGAAUCUAUUGGCAACCCUAUCAAAGGAUGAAAUUCAAGAGGUGAAAAAUAAAUUUAGUAUUCAAAUUCAAAAGAUGUCAAAUAAACUUUCAAAGAUUAUUCGUGAUACAGUUAGAGCAAACCUUUUGAAAGCAAAUUCCGAUCCUGAAACCAUUCAUGAACUUUAUAGUGAGAUUGCAUCUGGUUAUUCCGAUACACCAAUCAUUAGAAUCGAUUGGUUGAAUAUUUUAGCAAAUAAACAUAUCGAAGAGGAGAAUUUCUUUGAGGCAGCAGUUUGUAAACUUAGAAUAGCUCUAUUGAUCAUUGAGUAUUUAGAACAAAAUAAAUUAAUACCAUGUAAAUUGGAUUUAACAUUGAUCGAUCAAAUUUGUCCAGGAAUUUCUGAACAUGUAAUUCAAGAGGAUGAUGGUGUUUUCACAUCACCAAUUUUCUCAUUACAUGGUUUAACCACAACGAUUCUAUUGGCAACUAAUCAAUUCCGUAUGGGUGAUUAUUUCGAAUAUUCAAUUCUACUUUAUAAAUUCCUAAUGCCACUCUAUGAAAAGAAUAGAGAUUUCGCAAAUCUUUCCGAUUGUCAUAAACAAAUCACCGAUCUAUACAAAGAGAUCAUCAAAGCCUAUGAAAAUAAAUCACGUAUGUUGGGUCGUUAUUAUAGAGUUGGUUUCUAUGGUGAAGGAUUUGAAGAUUUGGAUGGAAAAGAAUUCAUUUAUAAAGAACCAAAACUCACUCAUUUAUUCGCACUCUCUGAACGUUUGAAAACUUUUUACACAAAGAAAUUCCAUCAAGAAGUUGUGGUUUUCCCUGACAGUGGAAAAAUUGAACGUUCCAAUUUGGAUACUGGUAGACUUUAUCUCCAAAUCACUUCUUUGAAACCAUAUUUUGAUCCAAAGGAUUUAGAAUUAUCACCAAGACCUGAUUAUUUCGAAAAACAUACCCUUUUGAAAGAUUUUGUUUUCAUUACACCUUUUACACUCACUGGUCGUACUCAAGGUUCAAUCACUGAACAAUUUCAUCGUAAAACUAUACUCACCAUUGAAAAUACUGCUCCAAAUAUGUUGAAACGUUAUUUGGUAGCAAGUAAGAAAGAGAUUGAAAUUAGUCCAAUCGAGAAUUCAAUUGAAACCAUUCAAAAGAGAAAUCAAUUGUUAUCCAUUGAAAUCAAUCAAAAUCCACCAUCAAUUAAAACUUUACAAGGUGUUUUACAAGGUAGUGUUUUAUUGCAAGUCAAUGCUGGUGCCUUGGAGAUUUGUCGUGGUUUCUUGGCAAAUCAAAUGCGUGUUAAUUGGCCCGCUCAUCAUAUUGAAACUUUGGCUCAGGAAUGUACAAUCUUUUUAAAACAUUGUAAACGUGCUUUGGAUAUCAAUAAGAAUAAGAUUCAAAUGAAUCAAAUCUCUUUUCAUCAAGAAUUGGAAUUGGGUUAUGCUAAACUUUACUUUAAAAUGGAUCGUUAUAUUCGUGCUGAAAUUAAUAAUGAAUCUGAUGAAGAAGCUAUCGAUAUGGAUCAACAACCUGAAACUGUUCAAUCUUCAUAUGGAGCCGAGGAUGAAUCUUCUCUAAUCACUGAUUUAUCAUAUGAUGAUGAUAUCUCUAUUAAAGAAUCUUCACCAAAUAAUAUUUUAGAUAAUUUAUUACCAAAUUUAAAAAAGAAAUCAAUGGAUAAUUUUUUAACAAUUAAAGAAGAUAAACGUAUUAAAAGAGGUUCUGCUGAAUUUGAUAAUAAUUCAACAACAUUAAAUAAUAAUAAUAGUAAUAAUAAUAAUAAUAAUAAUUCCAAUAGUAAUAAUAAUUCACCAUUUCCAAUCCAAACUCCAAGGUCAAUGAAUGAUAAAAAAUUUUCAAAUAAUCAUUAA